AUGGCACGCGACAGGUUUGCUCGGCAGAGCCUCGGUGGCACGCUCCAUCAGCGCAUCAGAGAGGCACGCGUCUUGAUGGUAGGAGCUGGCGGCAUCGGCUGCGAACUGCUCAAGAACCUCGUUCUCACCGGCUUUGGCGAAAUCCACAUUGUAGACCUCGACACCAUCGACCUCAGCAACCUCAACCGCCAAUUCCUGUUCCGCAACGAGCAUAUCAAGAAGUCCAAAGCAUUGGUUGCGAAAGAGUCGGCCGGCAAGUUCAACUCCAACGUCAGCAUCGUAGCGUACCACGACAACAUCAAGGAUGGCCAGUUCAGUGUCGCCUGGUUCCAGAGCUUCGGCCUCGUCUUCAAUGCGCUGGACAAUUUGGACGCGCGGCGACAUGUCAACAAGAUGUGUCUCGCGGCCAAUGUCCCGCUGAUUGAGAGUGGCACCACUGGCUUCAACGGCCAAGUUCAGGUUAUCAAGCGGGGCGAAACCGAAUGCUACGAUUGCACACCCAAAGACGCCCCCAAGUCGUUCCCCGUAUGCACCAUCCGAAGCACGCCCUCGCAACCCAUCCACUGCAUAGUAUGGGGCAAGUCAUAUCUCUUCGCCGAGAUCUUUGGCACCUCAGAAGACGAAGCGCCCGAGCUAGACCAUAGCGAAGAUGCCGACAAUGCCAGCGAAGUCGCGAAUCUACGAAAGGAAGCACAAGCGCUGAAGCGAAUUCGCGAUUCCAUGGGCUCCCAGGACUUCCCGCGACUGGUUUUCGACAAGGUUUUCAACGAGGAUAUCGAGCGGUUACGGAGCAUGGAAGACAUGUGGAAGACUAGGAAAGCGCCCGAGGCAUUGGACUACGACACGCUUAUGCAUGAAUCGCUAGGUGUGGGUACAGGAAUCGCACAGCAAGACCAAGUCACAUGGAAUGUAGCGGAGAAUUUCGCCGUCUUCGUGGACAGCAUCAAGCGACUCAGUACUCGGCUGGAAGAGACGCGCGCAAACGCUGAUAUUGGGAACUCGGUGCCUAUUCUCAGCUUCGACAAGGACGACGUGGACACGCUGGACUUUGUCGUCGCAAGUGCAAACCUGCGCUCACACAUCUUUGGCAUAGAAAUGCGGUCCAAGUUUGACAUCAAGCAAAUGGCUGGCAACAUUAUUCCUGCGAUUGCGACUACAAACGCCAUGACUGCCAGUCUCUGCGUUCUACAAGCUUUCAAAGUCAUGCGCGAACAGCUCGACAAAGCCAAGAUGGUCUUCCUUACCCGUAGCACUGAGCGCGUCAUCUCAAGCGAGUCACUGCGACCACCAAAUCCCCGCUGUGCAACUUGCGGCGUAUGCUAUGCCACACUGCAUGUCGAUUUACCGCGUGCGAAACUGAGCGAUCUGGUCAAUAUCAUUCUGAAGGAACAGCUGGGCUAUGGAGAAGAAUUCAGUGUCAAGCGAGAUUCGGAUAUACUCUACGAUAUCGACGAGGACAUGCAUCUCGACAAGACAUUCGAGGAACUCGGCCUUAACGGCGACACCUUCCUCACAAUCUCCGAUGACUCGGAAGAAGAUGGGAAGGUUGAUUUAGUAUUUUCUGUGAUACACCAAGAUUUCACCGAGAACGCAAACCCACUCAGGUUACCGGAUGAAGUCAAGAUUGCGACAAAGCCCAAGAUGCCUGUACCAGAGACCAUUGACCAUGCGACUGUCAACGGCACCGUUCUGAACGGUGACGUCACGGAUAUCAGCAACGGAAACACGAAUGGUGCUGCGAAGCGCACAGCCAGCGAAGCAGGUCUCCAGGAUGAGCUCGUCCGGAAGAAGGGUAAGGUCAUCGAGGAGUCACAAAAGAAAGACGAUGGCCACAUCACUAUCGAAGACGACAAGAAUGACGGAGCGAUUGUCAUUGAUGAUGACUGA